AUGUCUCUCAUGAGCGCCGCUCUGGCGGACGACUUCAACCUUGUGUGUUGGGGUACUAGUGUUCCUGACAAUAUCAAGAGGGGAGACCUUGAGUGGGCUAUCAAGAAUCGCGUCACUGAACUCGGCGUGCCUGGAGGCACCACCUUCCCGUAUAAUUUCCACACUUGUACGGAUCUUGAGAACAAGUCUCAUGAGAUUGCGGUCAUUGUCACACCCACCAUUACCAGAAAGGGAUUCGUCAAGCUGGCAAAUGGGAAUAUUGAAUGCAACGCUCUAGGACCUAGGAAUUGGAUCUGCCCUCGACACGCGUGGUAA